UCAAUUCUGCAAGUAGUUCUAAUUUUACUAUCGCUGCUUUCUAGCUGGUCUAAAACCGCUUUUGACCUAAAGGGACGCUUUUUGAACGCCAUGGACGUUUCUCAGUUUCAAGGCAGAAAGAACGGUAAAAAUGCAGGCAGGGCACAGGACAAAGCACUAGGGACAAAAUGUAUGUGAAAUGGUUUGAUACAUGAAUUUAGUGAAGGUCACUUUUUUUCACAUUUUUAAAUUUCCCGCUGUUCCGUCCCCCCGUACGUCCCGACGUCACAGGGAACGGAACCCAGAAGACGGAUGCUGGCAUUGGCCGGUGGACAUUGCCGGGAACACUGCAGGAGGGACAU